AUGGAGGAGUGGGUAGCUGCCCACGCCGACAACUCGGGCAAGGUUUUCUCUUCAGCGAGUCUCACCAAACCCGAGACGGCAGGUCAAGGAAUAUCCUCCCCUCGAGCAUACUCCCUUGCGCUGGCACCGCAAAUCGUGCACACCCGUUCGGCGCUAGUCACCCAGCUUGUCGACUCCCGCGCGUACCGGCAGAUAGAGUUUAUGGCCGUUGGGUCAUUCUUUAUCUAUACAGUUGCCGGAGAUGCUGCAUCGAUCGUGCCCAUCCCCUCGACUCGCGAGGCUGUCUUUUCUACGACUGCGAUACCGGCUAGGUCGAAGCGCGCCCUGAUGAAGUUCCUGAAGUUCGUCUUGGAUUACGAUUCUGAGGAUCACCGGGCAACAUGGACACCACAUGCGGAUAAACCCCUUGCGGAGUUCCUGUCCACCGAGUUCAAGCUUGACGCUGCGCUGCAGACCUACAUUGUUACCCUUACCCUCUCACUCGACGGCAAGAUAUCAACUGCAGCUGGCUUGGCCGCGAUUCAUCGGCAUCUAUCAUCGAUGGGCGCCUUUGGGCCUGGCUUUGCAGCGGUUUAUCCCAAAUGGGGCGGCCUCUCUGAAAUUGCUCAGGUUGGCUGCCGUGCGUGCGCUGUUGGAGGAGCGAUAUACAUGCUGGGCACUGGUAUGAAAGCCACGCGCCCAUUGGAUGAUCAGGAAGAUGGCGCACGCUUCGAGGUAGACUUGACCAGCGAUAUUACGGUGAAAGCCCGUUCGUUGGUCCGAGGAACUGAGACAGUGUCUUCUGAUGAUCAGCGUGUGAGCCGGUUGACUGCUGUCGUCAACUCGCCGCUCCCGUCUCUCUUCCAGGCAGCUGUUGAAGGAGCACCGACACCUGCCGUUGCGGUUAUUGCAUUCCCUGCCGAGUCCGUCCAGGACGUCGCGUCGCCGUACCCGAUAUACGUCUUUGCUCACUCGAGCGAGACGGGUGAAUGCCCAUCCGGUCAGAGUGUACUCUACUUCGUCACACCGAAGUCAGCAACCUCUGCUGAAGCCUUGCAAAAGGCUUUAGACUCUCUCCUGGCAUCUCUUGCGGACGGUGAAAACCAACCGCAGACCAUUUACAAGGUUGCUUAUCAACAAGCUCGCCCGACUGCGUCGGCGCCUGCUGAUGAUGUGCUCUACGUUCCCAGCCUCCCACUCGACCUCGCCUUUAGUGAUUCAGCACUCGAGUCGGUCAGGGACACCUGGUGGAAAAUCAUGGGACCCGUAGCCGAUGACCCCGACGUGCAGUACAUGAAGUUUGAGGAUCGAGAGGGUGUUGGCGAUGAGGAUGACGACGAGUAG